CGCUUUAUUUUCUCAUAUAUAUAUUUGAAGGUAUCUGUAUUAUAUUAUAUUAAUCGUUUUGUUUUUUAAUAAGCCGUAAAAUACCAAGAAUGAGCGUUGUAAUGGAUGGACAAUCUUGCUUAUCUUCUUUUUUAAUGAGCUUAUCGUCGUAUGUUUAAAAAACACUGCUGCUGUUGUAACAAAAACGGACGUGCAAUUGGUAUUGAAAAGUUUGGUCGUAUAAUAAUCGUGCUAUAAAAUAACGAGAGGAUGGUUUUAAUAACGGAAAUUGAAGAUCGGAAAAUAGUGAAACCGUAUUUAGGUGGAUGGCGAAAUAAAAUCACCGGUGACAAGUAUUUAAAUGCAGCAUCUCAAACGGGACCACCACCUAAAAAUAUUUCCUGGCACGAUUGCUGUAGUAUCGGCGUGCAAACUGUGGAAACUAAAGAUGGGACAACCCAAUCUUCACGUAAUAAAAUUACUCAGAUGUGGCGAACAAAUUGUAAUGUAUCAAAUGCAAAGGAUAAAUACAUGACUGCUAAGUGUUAUGUAACAUACGAUGAAAUAAAAUGGCGUCUUGAUCUCGAUGGAAAUGCGAGGAUAAUUCAAAAAAAUUAUCGAGUUUAUAGACUUUUGAAAUAUUUAAAGAAAUGUGCUAGAAAAUAUAGGGAAAUAAUGAAUGAAUGUAAACGGUAUCAAGAAGAGAGAAUCAUUAUGUACAGAAAAAGAUACGAGCAAGAACUUUUACGAAAGAUUAAUCCACGAAGCAGAACAGAUUUUGAUAUGUUGUAUGAAUUAAUUGAACGUUGGAGACGUGAUCGUACCAAAGAGAUAAAUGCACGUUAUUUUAAAGCAACACAACGUGCUGAAAAUUGUUUUGUUCUCGAAAAAACUGUGAAAAUGUUCAACGUUUUAGAUAAAUUCAAACAAAGUAUAAGGGAGGAAUAUAAAACGAGGAAACGUGUUAAAUUUUUAAGGAUCAAUUCUAAAUCUAUACAAUGGCACGGAUACAAAUCUAAACUCAUAGAAAUGAUUACGUUGAAAAAUCAAAAAGCACGGCAAUAUUUGAGUAUUUACGAUUCGUUAAAUCAAAAUAAUAUGACUGUGGAUGACCGAUUAGAAUUGUUAAAAAUGUUAAAGAAAUCACUGCAAUUUCAUAUUUGUAUUUCUGCUUUUGAUUUGAUUUAUUUGUUGGACCAAGAGAUUAUGUUAUUGUCAAGAGGCAUUCAAAAUUUAUCUCUUGAAUAUUUAAGGAAACGAAUACUUUGUGAUUAUUUGAAAUUCGUAGCUGUUUCUGCUACUUGUUCUUGUACAAAUAUCAACAGGGGUUUUAAAAAAGAUCCUCAGUGCGAAGAAUUUCGUGAACCUUUGGAGAUUAAAAUGAUAUUUUGUGGAAGCUGUAGAAGGAUACUUCCUUAUCACAGAUUUUCACCUCACAGUGGAUUGAAAAAAUUAACUACUUGCGCUAGUUGCACGACUUUGAGGGAACGAAGCUACUGUCAAGUGAAUUACGACCCAUAUAUUUUUAUUUUAAAUCACCUAAGAGCUGAAGAAAAACGAAGGAGAUGUUUUUCGGCAUUGGCAUUUAUGAUGCAACCAAGAGACAUUUAUCAUUUAGUUAAUAAUAUUUGGCAUGGUCAUUCAAUCAUAAGUAAACAGUUAGAUAUUCACCUGUUAAGAUUGGUCAGAUAUAAUAAUCACGUUGAAUGGUCACCAUGGAAUUGCAUUCUCUUAACUGAAGAAGAAGUAGAAAUUCAUUAUCGUAUUAAUGAUUUAACCAAAGUCUAUUCGAAAGCUUUGUUACAUCAAAUAUUAUUGAAACAUUUGACAGCGAAAAAUUAUUUCAAACGAUUGAGCUACUUCGAUAGAAGAUUUAGAGAAUCCUCUCGAUUUUACGUGAUACAGGAUAGAAAGGAUUACGUGCCAUUUACCAAAGGGAUAGAUCUCGAAGGAUACGAGUUUUAACUCGUUGCAAAUAAUAGUCAAGAUUUGCUUGAUAGUUUUGUUAUAAUAUUAUUUAAAUAAAUUUGAAGAUCUCUCUUUUAUAUCUCGUACAAAAUUGCAGUUUUGUUCCAAUUAUUUAUAUAACGUAAGAGUCGAGGAUUUUUUUUAAUCAAAAAAAUGAUGGAAUCCGUGAUUGUUUUUUACUAAAUUUUUUGGCCACAUAUUUAGGAUUGUUCAAUUUUUCUAUAAUUCAGUCCAAUUAUAUGUGAUUGUGUUGAAAACUUUUAAGUCUAAUACAGAAAUAAUUUUUUUUUUCGAUCAAAUUUACAUUUAUUUUUUGACGUAGUCUCUAAAUUUGUAAAAAACAAUAGGCUCGAAACUCUUCAACUCAAUUUUGUAUAUACUAAGAAAUUAAAUUACUUCGAUAAAUUAUCGGAGAUAAGAGUAAAGCACUUUUACGCAAACAACGAUGAUUUAACUUCUAUUAGGAAAAGUGUGCGGUUGUUUCUUCGCUAAUCGAUACUUUCAAUCGGGAAGAAAAUACGUAAAUUAAAUCGUCGCUUUCUCGGUAGCAUUUCGAAUUAAUUCUACCACGAUGUCAGAUCUUUUUUUUAAAUAAAUAACAUGUAUAUUUUUGAUUUUUUACAAGUUCGUAAAAUACCUUUAUGGUAUAAUA